ACUUGACAAGUCUACUCUUUCGGAGAUAUAAAUGUUGGCUCUCGCAAUUGUUUAUUAAAGGGUCGAGCUGGCCGAGAAAUUUAACUCGUUCUUCUGCGAUCUCCCAAUUGACCUCGUCAAUUGUUAAAAACAGUUUUAAUUGUCUUGGGCCAUAGUUCUAUACACUCAUAGAAAUACAGUCGCUUAAAAUGUUCAAUACCAGCCCAACUUUCAGUGCGCUGUGCGUGCUCUCUUCUUUAUUAUCCCAUUUUGCCAUUUUUAAUAAUCAAAACAGAAAAAUAAGAUAGACGAAGAUUAUACAUUAUGCAAGGUAUACUCGAGUGGUAAAACAGUCACCGGCGGCGCGGCCACCGCAUGAAUUUGCUCUGAAGCAAAAAAGCGAUAGAGGUUACAUCUUCUGCUCUGACUUUUUGUUAUUUUAUUAAGCUGUCAUCAAUAAUUACUUCCCUCUGUCAUCAUGUCUACUCGAUGGUAUCCCAUUUAUCAAAAAGGAAAUCCACAGUUGAGAGUGUUUUUACCUAAUUUCUGGCUAAAACUUGUCAAACCCGAAUUGAAACAUAAACCCAAUGUUGUUGAGUUUCAUUGUUCUAUGGAAAUGACUAAAGAGGAUGUCAAGAAUUACAUAGAAAAAAUUUACAAAGUUCCAGUUGUCAAAGUAAAUACAAGAAUAGCUUCAGGAAAGUGUGAAAGAAAUGAAUUGGGUUACGUUGUCAAAAGAGACGAUGUGAAACAUGCAUAUGUAACCUUGCCGAGGUAUGAAAAAUUUGAAUAUCCACAAUUAUUUGAUAAUGAAAAUCGUCUGAAAGAGAAAGAAAAAGAUGAUAAAUCUUACAAAGAAGCAACAAGCGAACAUAAAAAUGAAAUGGACAAACUUAACAAAACAACACCUGGAUACUCACCUUGGUUCACCAUUUAAAUGUUUUUAAAUACAGUCAGAUAGAUUAUUGUUGAAUGUGAAUAAGAAUAAGUCAAUUUAUCUACUUAUUAGUUACAAGGAUAUUUUGAUAAGAAAAAAUUUCAAAUAUCAAAUCAAAGUAUGUUAUGAUAUUUGGAUGAAAUGCUUUUAUCGCUUAGUUAAUUUUAUUGUAAACAUAAAGGAUUGCAUAAAAAAAUGAUAAAAU